AUGAUUAAUAGUUGGAGCGAUGAACAAAAAUCAUUAUGCAUGCAGUCUCGCCUUACAGGAUUGGCAAAAGUUUGGUAUAACGGGCUAACAGACUACAACUUGAAUUGGGACGAGUGGAAAUUGGCCAUUUCACGUGCCUUCCCUGCACAUACAGACUACGUCAACUUGCUAAAAAAAAUGUUGGCGCGAAGUAAGAGUAAUGAUGAGAGCAUGAUGCAUUAUUUUUAUUCGAAGAACAUGCUGGUAAAAAAAUGUGGACUAGUGGGGACUAAUGCAGUUUCUUGCAUAAUUGAUGGAUUACCCAUACCACUGCAAGCUAACGCCAAAGCGGGGAACUAUGAAUCACCAGACGAGCUGUUCUACGGGUUCCUUAGCAAAGUAGAGAGUUUACGCGAAUUAUCUGACCGAGUCAGUCUACUUGCUUUUUAA